GGAUGCGCUAGAAGCACUUUGCUGCUUCUCCUGCUAUCUUUGCUUGUUAGUUAGCUUAGCUCGCUAGUUAGCUUAGCUUGUUAGCUGCUAACAGAAGUUAUCAACACAUCGCUAAGUAGAGAUCAAGUGUGAGAGUAAAGUGUUGUGAUUGUGUGAAAAUGUCUACAUUACACAUGUUGAGAGCGUUGGUGGAUCAGCGACUAACUGCUGCCGUUGAAGAAAUAUUUGUAGUGUUAGAAAGAACGAUAGCAGAAUAUGAGGCGGAACUUUCUAGAACAAAGGAGGAGAACAAUCAACUACUGGACGCUGUUUUCAAGAAACAUCAAGUUGUGUUACACAGAACAGAUGUCGUAGAAGAACAUCUUCCUCGUGAGCAGGAAGAAGAGCCACAGCCCCACCACAUUAAAGAGGAAGAAGAUGUACCACAUUCCCAUCACAUUAAAGAGGGAGGGGAGGAGCCACAACCCCCCCAUAUUACAGAGGAAGACGAGACGCAUAGUGUUAAACUGUCCCUUCACAUUAAAGGUCAAGCGGCGGACCCACUGGUCUUACACAGCAAAAAUGAAGAGGAGGACCCACUGACCCCUCACUUUAAGGAGCAAGAGAACCCGCUGACCCCUCACAUUAAAGAGGAAAAGGAGGACCCACUGAACCCCUACUUUAAAGAGGAAGAGGAGGACCAAGAGCCGCUGUACAUUAAAGAGGAAGAGGAGGAGCACCGCAUCAGUCAGCCGAAAUGGAGAGGUCCCAACUAA